CUGGGGCAGCUAUAUAUGACAAUCAACCAGAAUGCUGCAAACACAGCUGCAACUAAAGAUAUGCUUGUCAGGUUUCAUGAGUACAGAGUUCCGUGACACAGACACAGACCGUAUGCACGUAUCUUUCUGUAGGAAAAAUCAAUUUGAAUUAAUUGUUUUCCUGUCUUCAUUAUGCUGAGAGCAUAUACCACAUCUAAACUUAGCCGUUCUCUCCUUUCCAGGAGUUCCAGGCUGUGCGAUUUCCGUCUUUUAAUAGAUGUGAUUGAGUGGAAAAGUUACGGAUGUGGAAAUAGAGUUCAUCAGUGAUAAACACAGGACAUUCAUAACUACUCGAUUGCAUCUGCCAAAAGAAGUAAAUCGCAGAAAAAAUGCAACUGAGAUCCGGCUUUAGGUUGUAUUUCUGAGAGAGAAGUCUUCUAUGACGUACUAUUUAGUGCAAUAUUCAGUGCGUGUACCUGGUACUAGUUUUGUAGUCUGGUGUCUUUGGUCUGGUAGUGGUGACAGUUCAACUGGUAUUGUUCACUCAGUGGUAUUGUUCCACUGCAAAAUGCAUUGAGACUGAGUUAAAGAUGUCGAAUAACAUCUGUUUGUUUUUCUGUUUUACAACAUUCUUUAUAUUUCAAAUCGGUCUUCAUGUCACUGGAAUCACGAUCGACCAGGAUGACUUGACUUUCCGAUUUAAAGAUUUUGUCACUCGAUACAAUCGAUCAUACAUCAAUAAUCCAGCUGAAUAUCGAUAUAGAAUGUCUGUAUUUGAGGCCAGUCUUAAAAGACAGGAGAUGCUAAACAAGAGAGAAAAAGAGUUAAAAGGGAAAGCUGUGUAUGGGAUUAAUAAAUUUUCUGACUGGACAGAAGAAGAAUUUGUAGGCCAUCUUUCAAAGUUCAAUAACGGCUCAUUAUUAUUGGAUUCUGAUCUACCAUGUUGCUAUGUAGUUGAACAUGAACCAUCACUUUUAUCUUGGGAUUGGAGAAAGCAUAGCAAGGUUACCUCAGUAAAAAACCAGGGGAAUUGUGGAAGUUGCUGGGCAUUUGCGGCAACAGGUGUUGUUGAAACUCAGUGGGCAAUCGAAAAGAAUCUCGCUUCUCCAUUACAAUUAAGUGUUCAAGAGUUUGUGUCUUGUUCUGGUAAUGCUGGUUGUCUAGGAGGUUCAACAGAAAAGACUUUAGAGUGGCUUAUGAUUAGUAGAUACAACAGUACUGGGGAUAAACCUGAGAAAUACUACUUACUUCCUGCUUCAGAAUAUCCCUAUGAAGAAGAAGAAAGUCCUUGCAGUUAUGGUCAUAUUGAACCAAAGACUGGGGCUCAGAUCAAAUGUGCAUGCUAUAGAGAUUUUAAGGGAAAAGAACAUUUUCUCGCAAACUACGUUCGUACGAAUGGCUCUGUUGCUGUGGGCGUUAACGCAGUCUUGUGGCAUGACUAUAUUGGUGGAAUAAUCCAGCAUCAUUGUACAGAUCACGUUAUAGAUCAUGCUGUUAUAGUUGAAGGUUUUGAUAUGUCAGGUGGAACUCCAUACUGGAUAGUUCGUAACUCGUGGGGAACAGACUUCGGGAUUGAUGGAUAUUUAUACAUAAAAAUGUUUGAAAAUAUUUGUGGAAUCGCUGAAUUUGUUUCCUUUGUGAGAAUAUAACUGUGUAUCCUUCGUGGCCUGAUCAAUAUGAAUAAUUAGGCUCCAGAAAUCUAAAGAUAUCUGAACAAUAAAUGUGUAGGAAAUUGGUCAACCAACAUGACUAGCCUCG